AUGGACUUAGUACAAACUUACUACAAUCGUUUCCAGACACUGACAACAAGGUCGCCGCUAACAUCGGUUGACAGCCAUGUCUUUCAGCGUCUCCAACCAGGCGCAGUGAGGAUCAUGCGGUCUCCAUCCUGGAAGGCGAGUAGCACCCAAACGUUUUGUGUUCUUCAUACCCGUCUACCAGGUCAAUGGCUGGCCACCUCUGCUUCCGCCACUCUGACUAUGCCUAAUGUGAAACUCGACCCUGACCCUUCGCCAAGUACGGUUUCUGGCGUAAAAAAUUCCGGACUCACUCUUACUGUUCCUAGUAGGCAUGCCCCUUUGGCCUCCGGAUCUACUAUACUGCGCAGAAAAUCCCCAACAACAGAUCAGUCAUCCCACAAAACGUGUAUCCCGUCGACGACACAACCGCAUCGUGGACUUCGACCGAUUGCUCCGAAACCCCUUCACAGAAAAAACCGUAAGCGCUCGGUACCCGAAAGUUCCCUGCGGCCUCCCGUGUUCGUCUCAUUCUCCCUUUAUGGCCAGUGUUUGUCUACAGUAUCCGAGUCCGUCCUUGAAGAACGAUCACGCUAUGCCACUACGGUCAUCCCUCGAAAGCAUUUGCGUGUACUGGGACGCAACACCCUCCGGUUGCACAGUGUUAUACCACGCAGUCGCCUCAGCUCGAACACGAUGCUCUACAUUGAUGAUGUGGAAACUGCUAAAAAAUCGGUCUCUGGCUACAGGCCGCCUUUGUGGACUUGUUCACACCGGACCGUACGUCCUUUCAACCCGUAUUCUAACGAAUCUCCCCAACCGUGUUCCACUUUCCAAUCUACCGGGCCGGUGUUGGAGUCAAAAUCACCCGGAGAGGGCGAUUCUGUCUCGUAUAAACGGCUGCGCCCAACGGCCAGAUUACUUGUUCGUUUGGGGCGCCAGCUGACCCGCACUCAAUUCGCCAGGAUGGCAACAAAUGAAUGCGCUUGUGGACGGUGUAUAAUGCCGCUCGAGACGACCGCUCACGUGGGGGAUAAAGCAGAACCUGCGUCCGAUCCUCCAGAAGGUCAGUUCUCGUCACUGGAUUCCAUAGUUGCCACCAGGGAGUCCACGCAUUUAGAGUGGCGUCCUAAGCCAUCCCAUCCACGUUGGACUCGGGUACGAGAGUUGUGUAAAGGCCAACGGUGUCCUUUCAUCCCCUCAUCCAUCUUUCAGCUGCAUCGGCAUUUGGAAUUGGGGCAUCAGCACUACGUCAGACUAUUCCGCAACGACGUUGGAGCGGUCCUGCAGGACAGAGGGAGUGGUGCUAAAUCCAAAGGUGAUCCAUCCCAGAACCAAGAUACAGUGGAACCUCCUCUCUCAAGACUCUACGCUCCCCUUGUGGUCAACUGCAACUCUAGUCUUACUUUGCGUCAGUGUUGCCCCGUCUGCAUCAGUCGGCACGGAUGUGCUUCAACAAUCUUGUCACACAUUAAAAAUUUUCAUCCCUUCAUUUCGGCGCAACCCUUGGAGAAGCCAACCACCAGAUCAUGUGCAGUUUGUGGUGUGUUGACUGCGUAUCCGGCUCGAUCUGCACGCAUUGGCGUCACUGCUUCCGGUGCUGUGAUCCACCAUAAAUGUAGCGCAUCAAAGACAGCUUACCAGCACGCUGCCUGGGGGGCCUUUGAUGCACAUCCAUUGGCUUGUCUAAUCCUCUUCCCCAAUCAACACUCGAGACUUGCCUUGCCAGCAGAUGUGGCUUCCCAGCUGUACCGAUCUUUGGAUUUUGUCGUAUCUAACAAACUAAGGACGGCUGCGUCGCUGGACUCCUACAGCCUGCGUUGUAGUCUCACCAUUUCUGCCAUAUUCGGUGACCUGGUCAUACUGGAACUAAAAGGACAGGUUGCUUCUGCCAGUACUGUGGUGGCCAUAGAAGAGGGUGGUGAGACGCAAUCUAGCGUACCUGUGCCCGAAAUUCCGAAUGCAGCACCUUUUGCAAACCUUCGGUCACUGGUGCCCCCACCCCAAGUUACGCUAUCUUCUGAAGCACCCAUUCUCUCCACACUGGCUGGAGGCUUCGUCAUUCCGUCAGUUGCAAACUCUGCUCCAACAUGCUUAUUCACGAAUCACACAAACCCUUCGCAGCCAGAUAGCAUUUCCGGUUCCAAACGUACACACACCCUUAGCCCCGACACAGCAAUCCCAAGUAAACGAGUAUCCGUCGGACGAACGGAGACCGAGCCGCAGGACGUGAUAGUAAUUUCAAACGGUGAUUCGUCAGACCAUCCUAUCCCCAACUCCUCAGGUGAACAGAACAAACACAGGCAUACAAAGGACGCAGGUGCUCGGUCUGUUCCGUCAGAAUUCGGACGUUUGGGUGAACCCCCUGCAACGCCACCCUUAGACUCCCAAACCCAUCACAACAGCUUAUCUGUGAUAGACACUCCCUGCGAAAUGUGCCAUGCUACCGUCCCCACACUGAGACAUAAGAGUCAUUUACAAAUCGUCCAUGGGCUUAAACUACCCCCAAAGCCCUCUGAUCCGUGCGUGUCUUGUGGUCAAUUGUUUUGGACGGUCGAUGGAUUGGUCAAGCACCGAAGUAUUCGAUGUGAAUUCUGUCAAGAUACCGUGUGCCAGUCCACACUAUACCUACAUAUGGCUCUAAAUCAUGUGGAGGCGUUGUGUACUCGCCUGACGAAAGCUCCUAAGCAAUGUUUAAUUUGCAAUGCACCCCAGGACGAUUUGGCGCUUCAUCUAUCGAACAAGCACUUUUGUAGCAUUCCUGUGGAUGUACUCGAUCGUCUCAGAACUGAGGGUCGAAAAGUUGGCGCUUCUCUUGAACAGAAUUCCGGCGUUAGUUUGCACGAACUCGGUCCGCUCUACAUCAAGUCACAGUCCAAUCACCGUGACCUUUGGCCCGGAGCGAACACUGUUGCCGAACACGUUAUUUCACGUGAUCCUAUCGACGCUCAGUUUUCCGUGUUCAGAUGCUGUGUCUGCCACCUCAAAUUCAUCUCCAAUUUCCAGCUGGAUAUGCAUGUGCUUCAGUCAGGGCACCGUUACUGCUGUACAGGCUGUCCGUUUACUUGCACUCGUUUGGCCGCACUUGUCUCCCACAUCCUAUCGUGCUCCAAAAAGAAACCCUCAUUCCGAUUUAUUCGAUUGGGCAACGGGAUAGCCCCACCGUCCGCCCCUGUCACUACCACUACCACAACAGUUAGCACACCCACCAACCCAGUAACUCCAGCCAUCCCUUCUUCUCUGCCACUAAUGGCUACCACAUCAGUGGUCAGCGAACAGGCUCCAAUACCCAAUAUUCGUCGAGCCGUUGGACCUGUCUCUCAGUUUCAUGGAUGCGACUUGUGUCCCGUAUUUUGCUUGCGGUUAGAGGAACUGGAUACUCACCGACAAACAGUACACAACUGCCCUCCUCUGCCCAAAGUGCCUGUUACCACCACUGCCACUACUUUGUCCAUCCCUUUAACUUCUUUAACACCAGCUGUACCGCAAACGGUCACUACAGCAGUCAUUGCAACAACGCAACCAUACAUUCCACAACCCCCACCAUCUUUCUUGCCACGACGCCGGGUUGUUCCUCAGGUGACUCCCGGUCGCGCAUUGUGCCCUUCGGUCGCCCCCAGUGGUCCAAUCAUUCAGACCCAACCAAUCACAUCUAUUGUCAUUGUUCCCAGGCCAUUAGUGCCCCCUCCACGACCUCCUGCACCCACAUCGCGACCGAUCGCUCCUCGAAUUCCUGCCCCUGUCCGUGGACCAAAACCACAGACAGACGAGUUCGUUUGUCCAUUGUGCGAGUUCCACAGUUCGUCGCGCAGUGUGGUCAUGCAACACCUCACAGAAACGCACUAAGACCAGCAAUUGAGUGUCUGCCCCUCCCUACACACAUACUCCUAUCCAGUUUGUACAUAGACCACAUCCCAGAUUUGUAUCAGGUUAUAUUCUGUCUAGGCCAAUCGCUCUACACCUGGACCGGUAUCUUUUUCAGACUAUCAAACUUAAUCUUGGCUUCCUUUGUUCGUUCCGGGUCAAACCUGC